AUUCCUGGGGUGCCCCGGCCUCCCCCGUGAGGGCUGGGGUCAGGCCAGGUCGCCGGCCAGGCGGGCGGCCGCCAGCAUCAUGAGCAGCUCUGCGCUCCUGAGAAGGAAUUCUAGCAAACAGGGCCUGGAGAGCCUCCUGAGGCUCGCCGCUCAGUGGAGCGUGGAAGGUGAGGAGGAUGCCGCCCCGGGGCAGCGCCAGCAGGAGAGGGCCUGGCAGCUUCGGGCCCAGGAUGAGGGUGAAGGAGGCCAGCCCCUGGAGCAGCUAGAGCAGGAGAAGCUCCUCAGCCCGAAGCCCUCGGAGGGCCCAGAACUGGACGAGGAUGAGGGUUUCGGCGACUGGUCCCAGAAGCCAGAGCAGCGGCGGCAGCACUGGGGGGCUGGGGAGACCACGGACGGUGGGGCCCCCCCUCGGGGCGAGAGUCCGGAGCGGGGGCAGGAGGAGGACAGGCCCCGCCAGCACACCUUUGGGAGCCAGGGUGGUGAUGAGCUGACCCCAGCCGGGGUCUGUCUGGAGGAGCUGCGUCUGAGCCCCGACUCAGAGCCCCAGGAGGGGCCGGGAACAGAGGACACAGAGCCCAAAGGCCGCGAGGGACCCAUCCAGGGCAGCCCAGGGCUGGCAGAGACCAAGGAGGCAGAUGAGCAGCACCAGAGAUGCCAGCAGCGCAGGACACCAAGCCCCUUGGUCUUGGAUGGGACAGAACCGGGCUCGCCUCCCCUGAGCCCCAGCACCAAACUCAGCGACAGAACUGAGUCCCUGCACCGCUCCAUUCAGAAGAGUAACAGUGUGAAGAAGUCCCAGCCGGCCCUGCCCAUCUCCACAAUUGAAGAGCGGCUGGAGCAGUACACGCAGGCCAUCGAGACCUCUGGCCGGACCCCAAAGCUAGCCCGCCAGCCAUCCAUUGAGCUGCCCAGCAUGGCCGUGGCAAGCACCAAGAGCCUCUGGGAGACGGGAGAGGUGCAGGCUCAGUCCUCUGCCAAGUCCCCCUCCUGCAAGGAUAUUGUAGCUGGAGACAUGAGCAAGAGGAACCUCUGGGAGCAGAAAGGAGGCCCCAAGGCUUCGCCGACGCUUAAGAGCACCCCGUCUGCGAAGAGGUACAAGUUUGUGGCCACGGGACACGGGAAGUACGAGAAGGUGCCCAUGGAUGAGGGCCCGGCGCCCUAGGCCGGCCUCGCUUUCCCAAGACUGCAGCACCGCCGGUGGCACCUCCUGGCUCCCGACCCACAUGCCCAGGAGAGAGGCCGGCCAGAUGAACGCUCCCCCGCCCCCCACUGGCCCUGCCGAAGAAGCUGCUUCUCAUGGUCUGCCUGGCCCGCAUGCACCCCGACACCCGCCACCUCUUGCUCCUGGACCCUCCAACCUUUCCCUCUGACCCCCCAGCUCUGCCCCUCACAGUUCUGGGAGGAGAGGAACUCUGGCUGUUGGUUGGCAAACGGACCACCUCCAGAGAGGCCGCAAGCUCCCGGGGAAGGCGCAGCCGGUGCAGAGAGAGGCCACGUGCCGGGGCCUCCGUGUCAAGAGCCACCAACACCCGCAAUAGCACUGGGUCCCCCCCACCCCCGCCCCGCUUUCCGCCCUCGACUUUAUGCAGUAAACUCCCUUUGGUGUC